AGCUUCUGAUGUAUCAUGAGUCUCAAACAUGUGCCGCCGCCGCUGAAGUGAAGAUGAGGAGGGGCUGAAAAGCAUCACCGAUGACACGUCUGUCAUACUGAAAUAAAGACUCGCCGCAUGUGUGAGAAAAUGAGUUCUGCUCUGAUUCAUGACAAGUUAUUCAUCAAGACGUUCUGGGAGCAGAAGAUCGUUCAUCACAAUCACAUGACAGAAACUGAAGAAGAGAGGAUGAAGAACAGCUCUCUCACCAAGCUUCGUGACGAGUGGCUGAAGAGACUGGAGAGCCGGACGAAACAUCUGAAGAAUUUUGGCGACAACCGAGGCCCAAAUUUAUCAUCCGUCUCAUGAACAGACCCACUGUCCACCU